AAUCAUGCAUCGCACCUCACAACUUACAAUCGCGCAAUGCGUGCCUCGCAGAUGCGGUGAUCUACAGCACACAUCGCAAUGGACUGGAUCACGUCGAAUGCGGCUUACUCGCCAGAGCUGGAACAUUGCUCCGAGAUCUUAAAGGCGUUCGAUAUCUUCCAGGACUCUUUGCUAUCCGACACGACCUCGAUCUGCUUUUUGAAGGCAGACGAGCAGAGCAGCAGGCUAGAGAAAGGGAUCCUUAACGAGGCUGAGUUGAGUUCGGCCUUAGAAAAAGAACAAUUGAGCCAUGGAUCAGUAUUCUUCUUCAUCAACAAGUAUUUAGUAAAGGAUCGCAACGCCCCUCUCCCCCAUGAUUCGAACAAACUACGAGUAUCCCAGCGUGCGUUUCAACGCCUCAGCCUCCACUAUAGCAUUCCACCUUCGUUUACUUUCGCGCUCUCAAGGUACUAUCUUCCAACGGGUCGGGGAAUGCGCGAAUAUGCGGACUCUUCCGCUGGAAGAUUUAUAAAUAUCUGGUAUCUUCUUCCAGUCAGGGUGCAAGUACCUUGUAGCAAUAAUUACCGAGAGAACGCGCCCGGUAAAGAGAGCAGCAACGCGAUGAACCCAUUCAAUCCUUUACACCUGCCGCGUCCGAAUGUCGACAUCAGAGGGUCGUUCAUUGCAGUUACACUCCGCGUAUCGAAAACAACCGGCUCCUCCACAUGUGUUAUUCUCAACAUGAUGCAUGGGGGAUGGCCUAAGGUGGUGGAAGAGCCGCAAAAGAGAAUUGCCGAAAGCAUCCGGAGCAGGCAGAAAACACCGAAUCCUGAGACGUUGUCCUUCGCACACCUUAUUUAUCUCACCAGUGCAUUGCGAUGGUGGACAAACGUUCUUCACAGCGUCAACGAGCAGCUCAUAGCUUAUGAAGCAACGCUGCAAGAGGAGAUGGGCUCCAAUAAGGACACAUCCGACGAUGUAUCGGCGAGACUCAAUAGGGCACUUCAUUCUAUCGACGCGCACUUGCAUCGAUAUCGAUCUGAGCUGAGCAGCAUGGAAGGUAUCACGCUCGACUUGGCUUCGCAUUAUGCCACCAUCUGCGAUGGGGAUACCGCCAACAAGGUUUCUCAAGACUUCAGCCAGGUGCUGUCUCAGAUCCAAGCGACUAGCACCUUUGCGAAAGAGCUAGAGAAGAAGAUCCAGAAUAUCCUCGCUCUGUUGUUCAAUCGCAUACAGACCAGCAGCGAUCAACUACUCGUCGAAAAUGGGAGGGCUAUGCAUCAAAUCCUCCGCGCUACUCAAGAUGAGGCUCGAAUGACCCACAAAAUGGCCGAUGAGCAGAUGCAACUGGCUGAAGAGAUGAAGAAAGACAGCGUAGCGAUGAAAACUAUCGCCGUCGUCACAAUGUUCUUUCUCCCUGGUGCUUCUUUCGCGGCUCUUCUAUCAAUGCCCUUCUUCGACGAUAAUGCAUGGUUGGCCCAGACUUCGCGUUUGUGGGUCUGGCUCAUCCUUACCAUACCGUCGACGCUUCUUGCGUUCGCAUUCUAUAUGUACUGGAGAAAGCGGGAGGAACGGAGGCGGAGUGAUGCUCAAGUUUAAGCCUGACGAAUCCGGCAAAGCGUAUAACCUACUACAUUAGCCCAUCCUAGCAAUGAAAAACCAUGUUGACUUGUUCGGUAGUCAGCAUAUUGCAUGAGCGGUUGGUAUGAUUUUACAGGAAUAUACUUACUUCUAUUAUAA